AUGUCCCCCGACAAGAUGAAAGCGGUGCACUACGAGGGCCCAUUCAAAGUCUCGGUCAAGGACGUCGAACUGCCCAAGAUACAGCAUCCAGAUGAUGUGAUAGUCAAGGUUACGACGGCGGCGAUUUGCGGGUCGGACUUGCAUAUGUAUCAGGGACGGACGGCUGCGGAGGCGGGCCUGGUGUUUGGUCAUGAGAACAUGGGGACUAUUAUCGAGGUUGGUGCCGGCGUGACGCUUUUGGAGAAGGGGGAUAGGAUUGUGUUGCCGUUUAAUGUUGCCGACGGCAGGUGUCGCAAUUGCGAGGAGGGCAAGACAGCGUUCUGCACUGGAGUAAACCCAGGCUUCGCCGGCGGCGCUUACGGCUACGUAGCCAUGGGCCCCUACCAGGGCGGCCAAGCGCAAUACCUCCGAGUCCCCUUCGCCGACUUCAACGCCCUGAAGCUGCCAAAAGGAACCGAGCACGAAGCCGACUUCAUACUACUAGCAGAUAUAUUCCCAACGGGCUGGCAUGGGCUGGUCCUCGCUGGUUUCCAGUCCGGCGAAAGCGUCGCGGUGUUCGGUGCAGGUCCUGUUGGUCUCAUGGCAGCGUAUAGCGGUAUCCUACGAGGUGCAAGCAAGGUCUUCGUAGUCGACACAGUGCCUGAGCGACUGCAAGCUGCGGAGAAGAUCGGAUGCAUUCCUAUUGAUUUCAGGAAGAGCGACCCGGUUGAGCAGAUCAUCAAGCUCAAUGACGGUAUGGUGGAUCGCGCUGUCGACGCGGUCGGGUAUCAAGCCGUGGACGCGUCUGGUAGCAAGGAGAAGCCAAACGUUGUCUUGGACCAGUUGAUCAUGGUGACCCGGCCAACGGGAGGCUUGGGUAUUCCAGGUUUGUAUGUGCCGGCCGAUCCAGGAGCGCCCGAUGAGCAGAGCAAGAAGGGCCAAAUUCUGAUCUCGUUCGGCAAGCUAUUCGAAAAGGGUUUGCAUCUUGGCACCGGGCAGUGUAAUGUGAAGGCCUACAACAGGUAUCUUCGCGACAUGAUUGUAUCGGGCAAGGCUAAACCGAGCUUCGUUGUGUCGCACGAGAUUAAUAUCGACGACGCGCCGACGGCAUACGAGAAGUUUGACAAGAGGAUCGAGGGGUAUACGAAGGUGUUGAUCCAUCCGAAUGGAGCUCUGAACUAG